AUGUCGUGGGACCCCAAUACUUCUCACACCCCAACCUCUUCGGCAAGCGGAAGUGGUGCAAUAGAGCGUGAGAAGAAACCAUUGGUCGAGAGGUCUGGAUCUAAAUCUUCGUCGGUACCCUCGCCUUCGCUGCUGAUCGACCAUGUUCUUAACCCACCUGCCAUACCUCGUGAAGACGAAAACUCAGAGACGAGUUCACCAAGAUCGGACCAAUAUCCUUUCCUUACCAAGUUUUUAUACAACCUCAACGUUGUCGAACCAGACCUGUGGGUGCGUGACAUGGAGCUAAUGCAUCACUGGACCGUUGAAACAUUCGAUGGAUUAUCACAGCAGGAGGAUAUGCGUCACACUUGGAGAGUUGAAGCCCCAAGACAAGCGGUCAACCAUUUAUUUCUAAUGCACGAGAUGUUGGCCUUUGCAGCAUUCCACAAGGCUUACCAACAACCCGACAGGCAGCAUGACUACUACACUAUCGGAACUCAUCAUCAGGAUCGUGCAAUCAAGGGUAUACGGUUGAGACUUGCGAACAUUACUCGACAGGAAGCCGCGGCUGUAGUCGCCACCUCUACGUUGCUUACGUUGAGUAUCUUCGCCUCAUCUGGCCUCGAGGCCAAACAUCAUGCAACUGAUGGCACAUGGUCUGCCAUUGACAACAUCUUGAAUAUAUUUUCCGUCAUGCAAGGCAUGGGGAGUGUGUUGGCAUUGGCACGUGUUCACGUCCUGGACUCCUGGCUUGGGCCGAUGUUCAAAAGCCCUCUUGAGCCUACUCCUUCCCAGCCCAUGGUGCAAGGGAUCAUCGACCAUAUCCCCACGCUGACGGCCUUCAUUGAAUCCAAACCCGAUCUCUCGGACAAAGAGCGGAAAGAAUAUCUUGAUGUGAUUGGAUACCUGAAAUCAGUACUCUAUCUGGCAAUGCCCCCUUGUCUAGAUUAUCGAGAGCUGAGGUUCUUGUUUUACUGGCCGUUAUAUCUAGGACCGGAUUUCAUGACGUUCCUUCGGGAGAAGCGUUCAGGUGCACUUGUACUCCUGAUGUACUAUGCCACUAUGUUGUUCGCGGCUGGAACACAGCACUGGUUCAUCGACGAUUGGGGUCAUCGACUCAUGACAGCCUGUCAUGAGGAAGUCGAACGUGAUUGGCUACCGGCAGUACAAUGGCCAAUGGCUUUUCUUAACCUUACCCCGACCUGGAAUCUAAUCUCACGCGAAACACCUCAUGAACAGUCUCCUGGCUUAACAGCAGCUCAGACACAUGAGCAAGAAGCAAGUGCUUCACCGUAUUCACAGCAGGCGCCACGCGAAAUUUCAUAUCGACAGUCCGGUUAUACACCUCUUACAUCGCACGAACGAGAGCUAGAUCCACAUGCACCAUGGUACAUACGUUCAACGGCCAAUGCAAAGCCUACGCCAGCUGCCACAUUACCUCAAGAGUCGCAGAAGAGCGCCGUGUCGGGUGCCGGUUAUGUUGCUCCUCCUGCAGAAGAUGCCGGCUAA